AUUCAUUUUUGCCAAAUCGUUCGAACUUCCCGCAAUCGCCAUUUUUCGAAAAUACUUUCUUCUCCACUCGCCGAUGUUUCAUUGGCCCUGUAACUCGACACCGGUUAUAAACAAAGAGUCCACAGUUUUGAUCUCCUGUUCGACCCCCAAUUCUUUGAAAACGCUUUCGAUCGAAAAUGUUCAGCCCCACAUACCCUCUCAUACCAUAAAUAAUUAACAGUCGGCUCGAUAUUCACGUUAAUUACUCAUCCCGACCCAUAAUUAUCAGUAAUCAGCAUUCAUGAACGUAGAAUGGCGACUUCAGACCAAGAAGCCAUCCAAGACCAUUUCUCAAGAAUCCGCGAGUGGCUGAACGCCCACCGAGACCUGUCCUAUCCAGAAAUUUUCUCACCGCUCUAUAAUGACGAGGACCGCAUCAGACUAACCAUCGCAAUCCUCGGCGAGCACAGCCUCCUAGGGGGAGGCACACCCACCGAGAAGUCAGCGUACGCUCUCGGGAAGGACCUGAAUUUGUCUCAGAUACAUGGCUCAUCUGCAGAUCAUUUGCUCAGACACCGUAAGCGUGCUAAACAUGACAUCGUUAUCCAGCUCUGUACACUGGCGAUAAUGUGCGCCCCAGUAGAUUCCCAGGAACUUGCGAUAGCCUACGGUAGACGUGCUGAGGCACUCCUUCAGGUGAAGCUAUAUGAGGACUGUCUCAAGGAUGUGGAGAGAGCGGUGAAGUUGGAGUACCCACCGAGCCUAAUGACGAAGCUUCUUCUGAUAAAAACAAGGGCCCUGGCGAGUCUCUUCGAGGUUGACAGCAUAAUCGUGGAGAAGGCCAUCGAGGAGACAAAGGCGUUGGCUAAAGAAAUGAGUGGUAAUAAAAGGGGGCCCAUCACCUACGUUCUGAACCAGAUCAUCAGCGGAAAAGUCAAACGAUCGAAUCAUGUCGUCAAGUGGAAUGACGAGGGAUCCCUUCCAGAUUUCCCCCCUGGACAUGUCGAUAAUGCAGAGCUUCCUGGAGCAUCAGCAGCCAUUGCCAUUCGUUACUCCGGAAAAUACGGGAGGCAUGUUGUAGCCACCAGGGAUAUCGACGUAGGAGAGGUGUUGGCUGUCCAAAUGCCUUAUGCUGCAGUUCUUGAACUCGAUAGGAGAAACACCAAUUGCUGGUACUGCUUGAAGCAGACCUGGUCUGGCAUUCCAUGCGACGAGUGUGUUACUGUUCUUUUUUGCUCGGAAGAGUGCAAGGAAAGGGCUUGGUCGGAGUUUCAUGACAUCGAAUGUAACAUUCUCGGAUUUAUCAUUACGGAGAAGAUGGAUAUCACUGCUAUCAUGAGUGCCAGACUGCUCAUCAAGGGGUGGCGGGAGGCUGGCAGCUGGGAGAGACUGAAGGAGAACAUGGAGGCGAUCGAAUCUAAUUCUGAUUUAAGGACCAAAGGAUUUACCUCCAACAUUCUCGACAGUAAAAAAUACACCAGUAUUAUUACCCUAUCGGCAUGUACUGAAAAACGAUCGAUGGAAGAUCUCUUCAGACUGUCAGUGGGAGCAACAACUCUCGUAUAUACUCUAGCCACAAUGACAACUAUUUUCGGAGAAAAAUUAGCAGGAGAUCGUGACGUACUGCUGAGCCAUCCGUGGGUCGUCUUCGCUGGGUCUAUUCUCCUCAAACACACGCAGAUUCAUUCAGUCAAUUCACAAAUGGCUUGUGAAUGGGAUCCCAAAGCAGGCAGCUCGUGGACACGUGCAAUGGUUUUGAUACCACUUUACGGACUCAUCAAUCACAGCUGCGAUCCGUCAGUUAAUUACACCUCGCAUGGAAGAUACAUGGCGCUACACACAAUUCGUCCAAUUAAAAAGGGCGAACAGAUUUUCGAUCAUCGAGGGGUCUCUUUUGCAUCAGUUCCCUAUGCCCAGAGGCAGCUCCAGAGACGCCAACUGUUUUUCUUCAUGUGUGACUGCCUCCCAUGCCAGCAGAACUGGCCAGAAUUCAACGAUCUGCCCUCCUACUCAGAGAUGGACCUACCCAAGUCAGUUGUAGAGACCCUCGACACCAUAAUGUGUUCUCACAAUGUCUUCAACAUCAUGCAGAGCCGUUCAACAUUGGACAACAGUUCAGUCACACCACUUUCCUUAGUUGUCUUGAUUGAAAACCUCAAAGAGCUGUAUAAAUACGUGCAGCAGCCGUGUCGAGAGAUCGAGGAAGUCGUCAGGACUCUGGAACACAUUUGGCUUCAGACUGGAAGUCGCUGCCAAUCGCUGGAUAGUUAGAGUAAAGUAAGAGAGUUUUAUAAAAGUAUUAUUCUUAAGAAAAGCUGAUGUCCAAACUUUGAUAUACCUUUUUAUGUUUAUUAUAUUAUAUCUUGUGUUGCCUUAACUACAGUUAGGGAUUUUUUGCCUCAAUAAUGACAAUAUUGAGUAAUAAAUGGAAGACGUGGUGAGAAAAAAUGAGAUAACUAUGUGUUUUGGGUGAAAAGACGGUAGAUUAGCGUUAUCCAUGUUAUAGACGAAUCUAUGUCAUUUAUUGAUUAAUAUUAUUUUUUAUGAUCAGUGAAUAUAGUAAAGGAUGACAAGUAUUCACGUGCUAUAUGGAAGCUCAACCUUUAAGAUAAACGUCAUUUUUUGCUCUGAACUUCAUAACAAUAAUGAACAUAUCAAUUUUAUUUUGUCCUCAUGAAAAUUCCACUAUUUAAGCAGUAAUCUGAAUAAUGACACUAAGGAGCAGUAAAUAAAAGACGUACUGAAAAAUGGACAUUUUUUUAUUUGUAUAAAGAUAUUACAAAAAUUAAUAAUUCACUUAUAAUUUAGUUUUGCUAUGCAGUGGACGGUUUUGAGUGAUUUUUAAAAUGAUAUUCCAUACAUUUUUAUAAUAACAAACGAUAGUCAUUCAUAUCUAUGUAAUAUAACAUUCUCAAGUCUA